UUUCAGGUAUAUUGUAUACUAAAACAAAAAUCUCACGGUUUGAUAAUGGUUAUUCUAACCAAGGAACAGCAGCAAGAAGCCGCCAACACGGGACUGUGGCUACCACAACUUGAACGCGAUGCGUGCGGAGUCGGAUUCGUCUGCUCCAUCAAGGGAACCACGUCCAGCAAAAUCAUGUCGGAUGCCCGUACUAUGCUCGAGAGAAUGGCUCAUCGCGGAGCUUGUGGCUGUGACAACGAUUCGGGUGACGGUGCCGGUGUCUUGACUGCUAUACCCGAUGAUCUCUACAGAAAAUCGGUUAAGGAGCAGGAUGGAUCUGAUCUCCCACCAUUGGGUCAAUACGCCACGGGAAUUCUAUUUCUUGAAGCUGAAUCGUACAAGCAGGCAAAGGAGGCUUUCCAGGAUUUGGCCCGAGCUUGCGGUUUGCGGGUUGUUGCCUGGCGCAAGCUAGGAACCAAUCGUGAAUGCAUCGGAGAGGAGGCAAAGAAGACGGAGCCACUGAUUCGUCAAGUUUUUGUCAGUGCUGACUAUGCUGAGAGCGAUCCAGCUAAAUUCGAGAGAAGUGUUUACUUGCUUCGCAAGCAGGCUGUUAACAGCAUGACCAAGCAAGAAAUUGAAUGUUAUGUGUGCUCAUUGAGUACCUCUACCAUCGUUUACAAAGGACAGUUCAACACUCAUCAGUUGUUCAAAUUUUACGAUGAUUUGACCAAUCCAGAAUAUCAAACACAUCUGGCCCUUGUCCACUCGCGUUUCUCGACUAACACUUUCCCAAGUUGGAAUCGUGCUCAACCCAACAGAAUUUUGGCUCAUAAUGGAGAAAUCAACACUCUUCGGGGAAACAUUAACUUGAUGCGUGCUCGUGAGGGAGUGAUGAAGAGCAAAUACUACCGUGACGACCUCCAGAAGCUGUUUCCGAUUGUGGAAGAGGGUCUCACCGACUCUGGAUGUCUCGACAACGUCAUGGAGUUCCUGGUUCGCGCUGGUGGAAGAUCUUUGCCGGAAGCAGCAAUGACAAUGGUGCCGGAGGCGUGGGAGAAGGACGACGAUAUGUCGACGGAAAAGAAGCACUUUUACCGUUGGGCUGCAAUGAGCAUGGAGCCGUGGGAUGGACCUGCGCUUCUUGCCUUUUCGGAUGGAAGAUACAUUGGCGCCAUUCUUGACCGCAACGGACUUCGACCUGCCAGAUACUACUUGACGGAUGAUGAUCAUCUAUAUUUGAGUUCGGAAGUUGGCGUCAACGACAUUCCAAUUGAGAAAGUUGUCAAAAAGGAUCGUCUCAAACCCGGACGCAUGCUCCUUGUGGACACACAUCUCAAAAAGAUCGAGCUCGAUGAGGACCUUAAGACAAGAAUUGCUUUGUCAAGACCUCAUAAGCAACUUUCCGCAUCGAGAAUCUACUUGGACUUGAUUCGCAAGGAUGAUGUGCUCUCUCACGGUGCCGUCACCAAUGAAUACCUUAAUCGUCUUCAUUUGGAGCAGGUGAACCCUGGUCUUAUGAAGAAAAAGGAUGUUCAUCUAGACUCUGACCGUCGUCUGGCCUUGUAUGCCUAUACCCAUGACACUUUCAGCUUGCUCUUAGUUCCAAUGAUCAAGGAGAAGAAGGAAGCUCUCGGGUCAAUGGGGAAUGAUGCUGCGUUGGCUUGUCUGUCUGAUUACAGCCCGCUGUUGUUCAGUUAUUUCCAGCAACUCUUCGCCCAGGUCACCAACCCACCAAUUGACCCUUUCCGUGAACAAAUCGUCAUGUCGUUGAGAUGCCCAAUUGGACCUGAGUCUAACAUGCUUGAGCCAGACACCGAACUUGCCAGUCGGCUCAUCUUGGAGCAGCCAGUUCUUUCAAUGGUUGAUAUGGAGGUCAUCAAACGAACUAUGUACAAGGGAUGGAAAGCAAAGGAAAUUGACAUCACUUACCCAGUCAAAUAUGGAGUGAAAGGACUGGUCCCUGGUCUUGACGCCAUGUGCUGUGUCGCCUGCACUGCUGCCCUUGAUGGAUAUCAAAUCUUGGUAUUGUCCGAUAGAAAUGCCAGUUCCGAACGUGUUCCGAUCCCAUCACUUCUCGCCGUCGGUGCCAUUCAUCAGUGCCUUAUUCGUCAUCGGCUUCGUAUGAAGGUUGCGAUCGUUGUGGAAACUGGAGAGGCUCGAGUCGUUCACGACUUCUGUGUCCUUCUGGGAUUCGGAGCUGACGCAAUCUGUCCGUACAUGGUCUACGAGACUAUGCACCGUCUGCGCAACUUAGGACUUUUGGAUAAGGAACUCAAUGAUGAUCAAGUUUAUCAAGGAUAUCGUCAGGGAGUGGAACGAGGAAUCUUUAAGGUCAUGGCAAAGAUGGGCAUUUCUACGCUCCACUCGUACAAGCACGCUCAAAUCUUCGAGAUUGUGGGACUCGCAAAGGAUGUUGUCGACAUGUGCUUUAAAAACACAGUCUCUCGUCUUGGUGGCGCCACGUUUGAGAUUCUCGCGGCGGAAGCCUUGAAAAGACAUAGGUCGGCUUUCCCUACGACGAGCGACGCGUCAUUCGGUGACUCAAAAACACUGGUUGCAAGUGGAACGUUCCAUUGGAGAGCUGGAGGAGAGAAGCAUAUUAACGAGCCACUGGCUAUUGCCAAACUUCAGGCUGCCGCUCGUCUGAACAACUCCAAGACAUUCCAAGAGUACUCACUAGCUUCAAAUAUGGCUCAACGUUGGUGCACUCUGCGUGGACAAUUGGAGAUCAAAACUAGUAAGAAGAUUCAAAUCCCAUUGUCGGAGGUCGAACCAGCAAGCGAGAUUGUCAAGAAGUUUGUCACUGGAGCUAUGUCAUUUGGAUCUAUUUCCUGGGAGACUCACACUGCGCUCGCCAUUGCCAUGAAUCGCAUCGGUGGAAAAUCAAAUACUGGUGAAGGAGGAGAGAAACCGGAAAGAUAUCGAAAGGAUCAGGAUCCAAACCAGAAUCUUCGCUCGGCUAUCAAGCAAGUUGCGUCUGCUCGAUUUGGAGUUACCUCGUCUUACUUGGCUAACGCCGACGAGCUUCAGAUUAAAAUGGCUCAAGGUGCAAAACCAGGAGAGGGAGGAGAACUUCCAGGGCACAAGGUUACUCAAGAUAUUGCUGACACGAGAAAGUCUACAGCCGGAGUUGGUCUCAUUUCGCCACCACCUCAUCAUGAUAUUUACAGUAUUGAGGAUCUUGCUCAGCUCAUCUACGACUUAAAGUGCGCUAACCCGGUGGCUCGUGUCAGUGUGAAACUUGUCUCAGAAGCUGGAGUUGGAAUCGUUGCUGCCGGUGUGGCCAAGGGAAAUGCUGAUCAUAUCACCGUUUCGGGACACGAUGGUGGAACUGGAGCUUCGAGUUGGACUGGUAUUAAACACGCAGGAUUGCCAUGGGAGUUGGGAGUUGCUGAGACACAUCAGGUGCUCACGAUGAACAACCUGCGUUCACGCGUCGUUCUUCAAGCUGAUGGACAAAUUCGUACUGGACGUGACGUCAUGAUUGCUGCCCUUCUAGGAGCAGAUGAGUUUGGAAUGUCAACAGCUCCUCUUAUUGUUCUCGGAUGUACUAUGAUGAGAAAAUGUCACUUGAACACCUGCCCGGUUGGAGUCGCUACUCAAGAUCCUGUUCUCCGUGCAAAGUUUGAUGGAAAGCCAGAACACGUUGUCAACUAUAUGUUCAUGGUUGCCGAAGAGGUUCGCUAUUUCCUCUCCAAACUCGGUCUUCGCAAGUUAGAGGACGCAGUUGGAAGAACUGAUCUUCUUUAUGCUUCUUCUAAUCCUGUCAACAAGAAGGCUACUAUGCUCGAGUUCGGAUCCAUUCUUAAGAACGCCCAACAAAUGUUCCCUAACAUCUCUAUCAAAGGAGGAAGUGUGAAACAAGUGAUUGAGCUCGGAGCUCUGGAGACGAGAAUGCUGACUGAACUUGAUGGUGUUUUCAAUGAUGCUGGAGAACACAAAGUAUUUGAAAACGAGUACAUCACUAAUAUUGAUCGUACUUUCGGAACGAGAAUUUCGUAUGAGAUUUCCAAACGUUAUGGAGAGCUCGGAUUGGAAGGAUCCCGCUCGAUAACUAUUGGCCUCAAGGGACACGCUGGACAGUCAUUCUGUGCAUUCCUCGCUAAGGGAGUUAGUGUCACGUUGGAAGGAGAUGCCAAUGACUAUGUUGGAAAAUGUCUCUCUGGUGGAAAAAUUGUAAUUUUCCCACCGAAAGCUGCUUCUUACAAAUCUGAAGAGAAUUCUGUUAUUGGAAAUGUUGCCUUAUACGGAGCUACUUCUGGAGACUGUUGGUUUAGAGGAGUUGCUGGAGAGAGAUUUGCUGUCAGAAACUCAGGAGCUAACGUGAUUGUAGAGGCAGUUGGAGACCACGGUUGUGAGUACAUGACUGGUGGACGUGUCAUAGUUCUUGGAUCCAUAGGAAGAAACUUUGCCGCUGCGAUGAGUGGAGGAAUUGCAUAUCUUUUUGCACAGGAGGAUAACUUCUCUCGUCUAAUCAACGCAGCCACCGUCGAUCUCGAUGAUGCUUCCACUGAAGAUCUCAUUUUUGUUAAGGCAAAGAUUGAAGAGUUUGUCAAACUUACUGGAUCUGAGCUUGGACAGCGCAUUCUUACUAACUGGCAAAAGGAGCAUCAGAAAAUCAUUAAGGUGUUCCCGCGUGAUUACAAACGUGUGCUCGCCGAGCAAGAAGAAGCUCGUAAGAAGCAAGCUGAAUUGGAUAAGGCCAACCAGGACAUGAGUCUUCUUUCGGUGGAUGAUACAAAGCCCCGUACUAGAACUUUGUCGAUGGACAUGCAAAUUGCACCAACAAUCCGUCCUCACAACAAGAAGCAGAAGACUGCAUUGAGAAAGACUAGUUUGCUCGGAGACAAGCGUAAGCAACGUCGACUUUCAAAGAGUCUGAGACCACAGGAUAUGGCUGGUUUUGAGAAUGAGGAGGAUCUUCAAGAUGCUGCUGAUAUGGAAGAAGAGGAAGAGUCCAAGUCUGAUCUUGAAGAUCACUCUGAUGAGGAGGAGUUCGUCGAGAAGAAGGCCAGCGUAGAUAUUGAGUCUCUUGGCAUUCCAGCUCAUCUUCGUAAGAAGGACGAGCCACUAGACAAACUUCGCGGAUUUGUUAAGUACAACCGUCAGAAAAAAAUGUACCGUGAUCCAAAAGAGCGUCUCAAUGAUUGGGACGAAGUGUACGACUUCGAGGCCGUUCGCAGCAACAUUCGUGAGCAAGCUGCUCGUUGCAUGGACUGUGGAGUUCCAUUCUGCCAAGGACACUCGGGAUGCCCACUCGGAAACAUCAUUCCAAAAUGGAAUGACUUUGUCUUCAAAAAGAACUGGCGCCAAGCUCUUGAACAACUUCUUCAGACCAAUAACUUCCCAGAGUUUACUGGAAGAGUAUGUCCAGCUCCUUGCGAAGGGGCGUGUACUCUUGGAAUUGGCUCACCAGCAGUCACUAUCAAGUCAAUUGAAUGUGCAAUCAUUGAUUAUGCUUUCAUGCAAGGUUGGAUGAAGCCAUGCAAGCCUGCAUUCAACACUGGAAAGAGAAUUGCAAUCAUUGGAUCCGGACCCUCCGGACUCGGUGCUGCUGCCCAAUUGGUGAAGGUUGGACACACGGUUGUUGUCUAUGAACGCAAAAACAGAGUUGGUGGACUUCUCAGAUACGGAAUCCCAACUAUGAAGCUAGACAAGUUCGUCGUGGAUCGUCGUGUAUCGCUUCUGGAGCAAGAAGGAGUACGAUUCCUUACCAACACUGAAAUUGGAAAGCAUGUGCCAGCCGACUUCUUGCUUAAGGAGAACGACGCAAUCAUUGUUUGCACUGGUUCCACAACUGCUCGUGAUUUGAACGUUGAAGGACGCGACGCCAAGGGAGUUUGCUUUGCUAUGGAGUACCUUGAGAAGAGUCAACGCCGGCGUGCAGGAGAUGAUGUCUCGUGGGAAGGACUUGACCCAGCCAACAAGAAGGUUAUCAUUCUGGGAGGCGGAGACACGGCUACUGACUGUAUUGCUACUAGCAACAGACUUGGAUGCAAGACUGUUGGUGCUUUCGAAAUUCUGCCACAGCCAGGACCAAAUCGUAAGCCGGAGAAUCCAUGGCCAGAGUGGCCACUCAUUUUCCGAGUGGACUAUGGACACGAGGAAGCAAAAGAGAUGACUGGCUCCGAUCCAAGAACUUACUCUGUUUCUACUAAGCGUUUCCUCACAACUACCAACGCCGCCGGUAUCACUGUUCUCACUGGACUUGAAAUUGUGGAUGUUGAAUGGGAAAAGGAUGACAAGGGUGCUUGGAAGCUUAUUGAGAAGAAUGAGACUAUUCGCACAAUUGAAUGCGAUCUCUGCAUUCUGGCUAUGGGAUUCGUCGGGCCCGAAAAAUCGGUAAUUGAGCAGUUGAAUCUGAAAACUGACCCAAGAUCCAACAUUCUCACUCCAAAGGACAAAUACGAUUCUGAUGUGGCAAAGGUGUUCGCUGCUGGAGAUUGUCGUCGUGGACAGUCACUCGUGGUGUGGGCCAUUCACGAAGGACGUCAAGCUGCCCGACAAGUUGACGAGUAUCUAAUGGGCAAGACAACAUUGGCAGGACCGGGAGGAAUUGUGACCGCUACAAUUCAACUGAAGAAUGCCAUUUAAAUAUUUUCACUGUUGAUUUCCAUUUUUUGCUCUCGCAUUUUGUUUUUCAUUAGUUGAUAAUAGCUUAUAGUAAGCAAGUAUUAUUUCCCCUCACCUUUUCUAAUUAUUUCAUUUUAAUGUAUUUCGUCCCAGCAUCAAUCACCCAUUUGAGCGCCCUGUCAUUUAAAUAUUGAGUUUGAAUUCGCUUUACAUAUUGUUGGUGAAUAAGAUUAUUGUGUAGAAACAAACUAUUGUUGAGUAUUUCUUGUGGACUGAAGGAGCUGGACGUAUUACAGAUAAGGUGCAGUAAUUUCAGCUACUUAAAUUUGUAAAACUCGCUAUCAAUUAAUGGCGAUUUAUUUUUAUGCUUUACCAAAAACAGAUCAAACAAGUAAUUUUUCUUGAGAACAAGCUCUCAAAACGUCAUAACUUGUCUGUUAUUUUUUGAAAAAUUAACAGUAACCUACAUUUUUUUCGACUUUAUCAAGACAUUCUUAAUCCUGACAGUUCAGUUUGAAAUGUUUAUUUAUAACCUUCAAGUGAUUUCUUUCAUGUACAUUGAGUACUACAAUGAUAAGUGUAAUUUGUUACCAGCUCUUACUAUCAAGUAGGCUUUAACUUUUUAAAGUUAGUAACUGCUGCUCGUUAAACAGCUCCAAGUCGGAUACCGCAGUUGGGAAAAUAACUGGCAGGCAAGUUUUUGUUUCCUUAUUGUGAGGUACAUUUUCAACAGUUCUAUGAUUUCAAUUGCUUUAUAUAAUAAAGUUUUUGUGUCGA